AUGCAUAUUUGUUUUACGUGCAAAUGGGUUAUUGAUAAAUUUCAUUGGGAAAUAACAAAGAACGAAAGAUCUUAUAACAAUUUUACAGUCCAAGAAGUUGCCAAGCGACUUGCUUUAUUCGUAGAAUCUCUCCGUACUAACUUAGUGAUUGAAGCAAUAAAUCAAUCAAAGGAAUUCAUUAAUUAUGCUGAAGAUGUAUUACCCGACAAUUAUCCUUCGGUUGAUACGACUUCUGACCCUUAUCUGUCUGAACGAACUCGCUUUAACAUCAAGUUCAUCCAUAAUAAAAACGCUAAGUUAUCAUUGGAAUCAUUAUCAACAACUGAGAACUCAGAGCAACAUAAAGAAGCAAAUAUUGAACGGUUAGAAAACGAAUUACAACAAGCGAAGGAAAACGUUUAG